UGUUGAAGCAGUUGAACUGCAAAUUCCACAUACAAAUCACCACCACCACCACCAAAUCCUAAUUCCCAAAUCCCAAAUCCCAAAUAUUCUCUCCAAUUUCCAAUUUCUUUUCCCUAAUUUCUCAUUUUUCAUUUCAAUCCAAAUCCAUGGCGGUUGAAGAUGACUUCAGUUUCCCCACCGUCUUCGACUCCUUCACCCGCUGCAGCAUCGAUUCCCCGCCGCUCUGGCGCGCCUCUCCCGCCGCAUCUCCCAUUUCCGAUUCCAACUUCAGAGACACCACCGCCCACACUGACAGGACCGAUCGCUUCGCCGCCGUCACAUUUACGUCCUCCUUGCACAGGAGGAGGAGACUCGGGAGCGACGAGGAGACGGAGGCCGCGGCGGCGGAGAAGAUGGAUGUGCUCUGGGAGAAUCUCAACGAGGACUUAUCGAGGAAUCGAAGAUCGAGGUUGAUGAAAUCGGCGGAGAUUGAAUCGGUUGAGAUACCGGAAUUGGAUCCGUCGGAAAAGUCGAGGAGCACGGCGACGAGGAGGAAGAAGACGACGACGGGGAUUGUUAAGGUUUUGAAGAAGCUUUUCUUGUUGCAGAACACUUCCCGCCGGAAUCUGGAAACUCGAUCAGCCUGAAAAACGCGUCGGAUUUUUAUUUUUCUCAAAAUGUAUAAAUCAAUAAGAAUUCACAAAUUAAUACAUUAUUUAUUUUAUCUUUCUUUCUU